AAAGCUUCGUUUGCUAUGGGUAGGCAGACUUCGCAACCCCGAGCUGAGGACAAGUGUAUGUUCUGGACUGCUCAAGUGGAAUGGUGGGAGCGCUGGGCGAAUGAUCACGGUCUGAGUGUGGACGCCGCUAAUUGUGCUAGCAUUCACCUUUCGUUCAUGCAAGAUAUGGCCACGCAAGCUGCUCAGGAGCAGCAACUCGAGGAAGAACCAAAGACUGUCGCAUUUUCACCAUCAAAAGCCAAGAAAUCGGAUCAAGAAGAGUGAUCUUGCUACAUAUCGUGAUCUAUCACGCUUUCCGGUCCGUAGCUACUCGUUAACACCCUUCUAAUAAUUUCAGAGCUGUCUUCAUCAUCAAUUCCAAGGGCCUCAAACACUAACUGAAUCGGUGAGUCUUCACUUUCUCGGUCUUUGACUACUAGGACCAACGGCAGUAGGCUUAAGCCGUCGUGCUCCGUUGCUAUUGGUAACCCAUCGAAAAUUGUGACGUCUCCGCAGUACGAGAGGUUAGCAGAAAUGAUUUGAACCAGC